AUGCAACCUCAUUAUCUGGGAAGAAUGGACGUUGUAUGUGAUGGUUGUGGCGCAUUGCAUUGGGACGCAGCAAGAACUACCGGUCAAUCCAGAAGCAACAAUCUCUUCUACUCUUGCUGUAAAAAAGGAAAGGCCAUAUUGCCCUUAUUGCAAGAUCCGCCUGAGCCCUUGAAUAGCUUAAUCAACGGAAGCCAUCCACGCUCAUCCCAUUUCUUGAAGCAUAUAAGGCAAUACAAUACUUUGUUUGCUUUUACUUCAUUCGGUACCACUGCUACGCCAGCAGGGGCCCAGAGAGAAGGAGAGGAGGAGAGAAGAGGUGGAGUUACUCCAGUAAGUGCCCAUGGUGAAUUGUAUCACAUGCAAGCACCCUUGAAUUUUGGUAAUGCUCCAAAGUACAAUCAACUGUACAUUUACGAUCCCGAGUAUGCUGCUGCAUGUCGAUCUGCCAACCCCAGAAAUCAGCAUUUAGAUGAUUCAAUCAUUGAAGCAUUAAGUGAAAUGAUUGAUGACCCGGUUCGUUGUGGUAACCCAUUUGUACGUAUCUACAAGCAUGCCCACGAAAUUCUGAGUGCAGAGGAAGAACGACAAGCCCAAGAUCAUGUCAGCGAGGAUGCGUAUAUUCGACUCAAUCCUCAAAUGAGACUGGAAUUGGUUGUCGGUGAAGAUAGGCGUACUCAGAACUUGCCAACUGUCAACGAGAUUGCAGCUAUUAUCCCCAAUGAAUAUGCUGAUUCAAGUUUCAGAGACAUCCUGAUUACCUAUCGAAAUAGCACCUCCACCAAUUCCAGAGGACUCUUUAGAAGGAUCAACGAGACGCAUGCUGCCUACAUGCCUCUCCAUUACGUUUUGCUUUUUCCCAGAGGUGAAUAUGGGUGGCAUUGGGGCCUUCGUUUGCAAUUGCCUGCUUCAACUGUUGAUGCCAUGGAUGUUGACAAUGAAGAAGCGCAAGAAGAGGGACAACGUCGAGCAACAGGCAGGCUUACCCAGCGUGCCUUCUAUAGAUUUAGAUUGCAUGUCAGGAAUGGUGAAUCCAAAAUCCUGUUCCUCUCGAGACGUCUAUUCCAGCAAUACCUGAUCGAUGCUUGGGCUGUUUGUGAACAAACCAAGUUAAACUGGAUCAAGGCUAAUCAAACGACUCUCCGUGCUGAUGUCUACAAAGGUCUUGCUGAUGCUAUCAGUGCUUCUGAUACAGAUCUUGAAACGGUGGGUAGAACGUUUAUUUUGCCAAGCAGUUUCACUGGUGGUCCCCGGUUUAUGGCAGAGCUGUACCAAAACGCAAUGGCUAUUUCUAGAUUCUUUGGUAAGCCAACGUUAUUCAUAACGUUUACUGCAAACCCAAACUGGAGGGAGAUCCAAGAUGAGUUGUUGCCUGGCCAAAGUGCUGCUGAUCGCCCAGAUUUGGUUGCUGAAGUAUUCAACCGGAAGCACGACGCAUUACUCAAAGACCUGAAGCAAAAGAAAAUCUUUGGUGCUUAUAAAGGGAUUGUGAGAACAAUCGAAUACCAGAAGCGCGGCCUCCCGCAUAGUCAUAUGCUGUUGUUCUUGGAUAACCAAAAUGACCGGUUUGAUACGGCAGAGAGGAUCGACCAGAUUAUUUCCACAGAAAUCCCUGACGUUCAUCAAGACCCUGAACUACAUGCAAUUGUCACCCGCAACAUGAUGCACGGUCCAUGUGGUGGUUAUAACAAGAAAUCUCCCUGUAUGGUGAAGGAUGCUUUCGGUAACGACGUCUGCUCAAAAAAGUUCCCAAAGCCUUAUCAGCCAGCAACCAUAGUUCCUGAUGAUGGGUAUCCACUCUAUCGUAGAAGAAUGGAUGGCCGCUCUCAUGUAAUACGCAUCAAAGAUGAUCAGAACGUGUACCACGACUUUCAUAUGACAAAUGAAUGGGUGGUAGCGUAUAAUCCAUUCCUAUCAAAGAGAUACAACGCUCAUAUCAACGUGGAAGUAUGCGCCAGUGUCCAGGCUAUCAAAUACAUCAACAAGUAUAUAUACAAAGGUUCUGAUCAGACUACUCUGAAAACCACGACUACCGCGACAACAACCGCAACAGCUGGUACUGCAGCAAUGUAUCAGAAUGAUGAAUGUGCCAAAUAUCUGAAUGGCCGUUAUAUCAGCCCGUGUGAAGCCGUCUGGAGGUUGAAAGAGUUCCCAAUGCAUGAGGAAAGCCCACCUGUCACUACACUUGCUAUUCAUCUUGAAAAUGAGCAGCCUGUAUAUUUUGAUCCUUCCUGGCCUCAAUCAAGAAUUGAUAAUGUCCUGAGAGAGAGUCAUACCACGCUCAUGGGUUACUUUCAUUAUAAUGCCGUGAAUCAAAACAAACCUGGUUUUCAACCAUUGCUUUACCAGCAAUUCCCAGAGCAUAUGACUUGGAAAGAAAAGAAGCCAAAAAGGUGGGAAGCAAGACGAACCGAUACCAUGUCUAUCGGCCGCAUGUACUACUGUAGCCCUGCUGCCGGCGAGAGGUAUUAUCUGCGUCUGCUGCUCACAGUUGUCAGAGGAGCCACGUCGUUUUCUCAUCUGAGAACUGUCAAUAAUCACGAGUAUGCCACCUUUCGUGAGGCCUGUAUGAUGCUGCAUUUGAUCGAAGAUGAUGGAGAAUGGACCAGAGCCUUUGAAGAAGCUGCUACCUUUGCCUCUGGCUACGCAAUGCGUUCAAUGUUUGUCUCUGCGCUCAGGUUCAACUCAUUGGUAUCGCCUGUUCAGAUUUGGAAUCAAUUCUGUGAAAGUUUCUGUGAUGACCUUGAGCAUGCAAUCGUGCAAAAAGGGUAUUCGCUGCUGCUCAGCGUGCAACCUGACGCUGAAUUUUACCAUGGAACGCGAAGUCUUGAUUACGGCUUAUAUCUGUUGCAAACAUCUCUUGGUGCACAAGACAGAUCUCUAGGUCAGUUCAAUUUGCCUUUGCCUCUGCCUCUCUUCAACUGGAAUGGCUUGAUAAGCAGAAUGACUGGCAUACAACGCAAUUCAUUGAUACUCAAUGAAAUGUCAUAUCUCCAAGAUCAAGAAGCCUUUUCGUAUCAGCAAAAGUAUGCUCAAAUGAACGCUACCCAGAAGCACAUAUUUGAGACCAUCACCUCCUCCAUCAACAGCAACGCCAACAGCUCACAUUUCUUUUUGCAAGGUCCAGCUGGCACUGGCAAAACCUUCAUUUACAAUACUCUUUGUCACUUUUAUAGAAGCCAAGGAAAAAUUGUUCUCUGUGUUGCCUCCUCUGGCAUUGCUGCUUUGCUACUUCCUGGUGGGCGUACGUCACACUCUCGCUUUGCCAUUCCACUCAACAUCCACGAGCAGUCUGUGUGUGCGAUCAAGAAGAACGAUGACCUUGCUGAUCUCAUUCGAGAGACAGCAUUGAUAAUUUGGGAUGAAGUGCCAAUGCAGCAUCGAUAUUGCUUUGAAGCUUUUGAUCGAACACUUCGUGAUAUUUGUAGUCGUGGUGAUGAAGUUACCUUUGGUGGUAUUCCUGUUGUUCUUGGCGGUGAUUUUGCUCAAAUUCCACCUGUUGUUAGGCAAGGUGGCCGUCCUGAAAUCGUCAAUGCCUCACUGAAAUCGUCAAGAUUAUGGCCCAAAUUACAAAAGCUGAGCCUGACUGAGAAUAUGAGACUUGCCAACUCCAAUGACACAGAUAGGCAAUUUGCAGAUUGGAUAGGAAAAAUGCCGUAUGAACCAUCCAUGAUUGGCAGCAUUGCUUUGCCCUCUUUUUUGAGGCAGAUGACUGAUCUUGAUCAGUUCAUUGAAGAUAUCUACCCUCAGCAUGUUCUGCAGUGUCCUCUGCAAAAUAGUGAUUUCUUCAAGGAAAGAGCUAUUCUCUGUUCAAAGAACGUCAACGUUGAUGCUAUUAACAGCAAGGUGAUGGAGAACGUGAUUGGGGAAAAGGUCACUUUGUACUCUGCUGACACGGUGCAAUCUGAUCUGACCAACACUGAGACCCAAGCCUAUCCCUCAGAGUAUUUGCAAACCCUUUCGCCUUCAGGGCUGCCGCCAGCAGUUUUGGAGUUGAAAGUAGGUCUUCCUGUAAUGCUCUUGAGAAACCUCAACCCUGAAAGAGGUUUGUGCAAUGGUACAAGGCUGAUCAUUCAGCAAAUUGGACAGUAUGUCCUCAAGGUGAAAAUCCUCGGAGAGUCAGGUGCAGUCGAGUUGAUUCCUCGCUUUACUUUGUCUACAUUGCCUGGCACAUUGCCAUUCAUUUUGAUCAGAAAGCAAUUCCCGGUUAAAGUAUCUUUCGCAAUGACCAUCAACAAGUCGCAGGGUCAAUCUCUCAGGAAAGUUGCCGUGGACCUCAGGAGUCCCGUAUUUACUCAUGGUCAACUCUAUGUUGCCAUGUCAAGAGCAACAUCUGCCAAUGGCAUGACCAUUUUAUUACCCGAAAAUAUGAAACACACAGAAAAUGUAGUGUAUCCUGAAGUUCUAUUUUCAGAUACUACCUAA